GCGUGUGAGUGACGUGCUUGCGUGUGUGUAUGUGUUGUGUGUGUCUGCAGGAGCAGUACCUCAGGGAGCAGGAGAAACUGAAAGGGGAGUGGGAGAGAGCGCAGAGAGAGGUGGACGAGGAAGAACGAAGACACAAGGAAGAGGAGAAGAAGAUCCUGGAGGAGACGGCAACGGCCCUUUGUCAUCCACCUCCCACAGAGCUCGCUGUUCAGACAGAAGUGAUCGUUCCGGCACAACAGAUCUAUGCAUCAUGGGACUGUGAGUCAUCCAGGGGUCAGGAGACGUCUCUGGACCGCAACCAGCCCUGCGCCGUCAAGAGGUCAGGAUCGUAUGAGGGCCCACAUCCACCUUCAUCAUCCCCAUCAUCACCUCAACCGCCCUCCCCCAGCAGGUACAUGAGGGGGGACAUGGGGACUAAAUGA